AUGACUGAUAUAUAUUUAUGUGGAGUUUAUAUGUGGUUUGAUGACUCGCCUAUUGCGAGUAUUGAAAAUGUAGACUUAUUUGAAAUGUUAACUAAUGAUGUUUUUUAUUUUGAAGACCUAGGUAAAGUGUUAUUAGUAGGUGACUGGAAUGGGAGAGUAGGCAAUAAAUCAGAUUUUAUAGUAUGUGAUAAUAAUGUAAAAUAUAUCGAUUCUGACGAUUAUUUUCCAGAUGCACCAUUAUGCAGGGCCUCUUCCGAUCCUAUUGUUAACACGAGAGGUGAAAAGAUCCUUGAUUUUUGUAAAACUACUUGUAUGAGAUUAGCUAACGGUCGUUUAGGUAAAGAUUGUAACGUGGGGGCAUUUACGUAUUAUAGCCGUCAGUCAAACAGUACAAUUGACUAUUUAUUAUUGAAAGAGUGCAAUUUUCAGAUUAUAAGUGAAUUCGAAAUAUGUCAAUUUAAUGAAUUUAGUGAUCAUGCACCACUUUCGUUUACCGUUAAAUACUUAGAUACUAAAUCUAAUCCAAGAAAUUUAGAAAGUCAGAGUACAUAUUUUAAAUGGCGUGAUGCUGACAAAGAUAAAUUUAGAAGGGGUUUAUUAGGAAGAAUGACUGAUUUAAACGAUAUUUUUGAGAGUUCUUCUUCGAGCGACAUUGAAAAUAUUGUUUUAAAGUUUUCAAAGAUCAUUCAAGAUGUAGCCGAGCCUCUUUUUAAGCGAAAAGGUAGAAAAAAGGGUGGAAACUCUGAUUGUUCUUGGUUUGAUGAAGAAUGCUACGAAAAAAAGCAUAAUUAUCUUAAUGCUUUGUCGAUUUUUAAUAAUUAUAAAAACGAAACUAACAGGCAUAUUCUAUGUGACUUGAAAAAAGAGUUUAAAAACAUUGUUCGUAAAAAGAAACGACAAUAUAGACUUAAAAGGGCACAAGAAUUGUCUGAAUUGAAAACUAGUAAACCAAGAGAGUUUUGGAAACAUUUCAAAAAACGAAAUGUAUCACAAAGUUCGGAUAUACCUAUUUUAGAUUUCCAAAAUUAUUUUGCAAAUAUGUUUGAAGAAAUAAGGGCUACAACUAAUUUUGAUGCAAAUAUUUCAAAUGAUAAUAUUGAUCCUAAUAUUAGUAACCCUACUUUCGAAGAGCUCAAUAUACCCAUAUCUUGCGAAGAAGUUAGAGAUGCGGUGAAGCGAUUAAACCGCAACAAAGCGUCUUGUCCAAGUGAUGACUUAUUGAACGAAUACUUUAUAUUUUCUAUUGAUAUAUUAGUAGGCCAUAUCACUGAUCUUUUUAACAGAGUUUUUGAUGCGGGCUAUUUUCCAGAAAUAUGGUCUGAAGGCUUUAUUAUACCUCUUCAUAAAAAAGGUGAUCAUACUAAUGUUAAUAAUUAUCGCGGCAUCACAUUACUAAGUAACUUUGGGAAAUUGUUUAUAAGUAUCUUGACAAAUAGAGUGGAAAAAUGGUUUGAUGAGAAUAACAUUUUGUCAGACGCUCAAUUUGGUUUCAGAAAGGGGUGA